CCUUGGGGCUCUCGCACAAAGCUGGUCAAUCAGUAGCUACGUAUGCACACCGUUUCCGGCAAUCCUGCUGCUGCUUUAGUAUUGCUCUUCUUCCUUGGUCCCCACGCCUAGAACUCGAAUAUUACACUGAACAUGUAAUUACCGGGAAACCCCCGCACUGCCACCGAAGCUGCAGCCUCACUCGCCCAUAUCGUGUCGCCAAUGGGGCCUAAAACUAAGCCGGGACGCCCCGAAGCAGGAGGAUUGGGUCUCCUCGAGGAAGCUUUCCGCCCGGGCGUGCCCGAGCUGCGGAAGACGGCCUUUCUAACAGCCUACGAGAUUCAAAAGCAUUUUGCCCGAGAUGGCCAGCAGAGAUUCAAGUUCGAAUGCAUAGUGGGAAUGGGACAGUAUGGCGUUGCCUGCCGGAUCCUGGAAAAGGAGCAACGAGGAUUCUUCUUCAGGAGGCCGGAGAGGAGGUUUAUCGUUAAGGUGGCCCUCGGCAACGACCCAGAGGUGGUUAACGCGCUCACUCACGAGAUAGAGAUGGUACAGCGGUUAAGGGGGUCAUCGCACGUCCUGCAACCCAUCAAAAUAACGCGCAACCCGCUGCUCGGGGCCCUCAAAGGCCCGAGCCUCAUCGCCGAGUACAUCGAGAACGGGCCCCUUGCCGACUUUCUAGACCUAGCUCUAGCCAAGAAGUUACCGCUACCCAACCGGUUGCUAUGGAGGAUAUUCAACUGCUUGCUGCAUUUUGUUAUUGCCAUGGCCUGGCCGGGACGGAACAGCGUAUACCGAGGAGCCAAGAAAACGCAAAUAUACCAUAACGACAUGCAUCUGGGGAACGUCUUGAUCGGUGAUUUCGAUAGUGACGAGCAUGCCCUGGCCCCGAUGCUGAAGCUGAUAGAUUUCGGACUAUCCGGAGAGUCCUCCGCAUCCCGUCCGUUCAUGCAGGGCGCCAACCCGGCUGUUAGGCAGAAUAUAUUUGAUAUCGGCAUUAUAAUGGUUUGCCUCAUAAGCGGCAGAUGGAGCCCUAGCAAGGCGAGCAUGGACAUGCGUCUAUACGGGCGCUCGUUGAGGAUAGAAUCGGCCGCAGUCGCACUCGCCUCGCCCCACCACUUUCCGGGCCUGGACGAGGACCUGUGCGGCCUCGUUAUCUGGUGUUGCGCUAGCCACCCAGAGAAUCGCCCCGAAAUCGAGAACCUGUCCAACAUCAUCACGCACCAGCUUCACAUCAAGACAGCUGCGGCGUACGUUGGCACGCUUGCGGAGGCCCGCGAGACCGACGCCGCCGUGGCCGAGUUCGUCCGCAACAUCAUGGUCCCCGGGCCGCGCCCUACUUCUAGCAGCUGAUGGCUAGGCAUCUAACGUUUUAUUUUUGUUGUUGAAUUUUUAAUAAUAAAAAAAGAUAGAAGGGAAACUCGAGGGAAUUUUUAGGCAAAAUGACUAGACUGAAGACGGGUCUAAAAACUGCCUGUAGUGCGGCCGAAGUAUCACGAUAGGUACUUCGAGGAGUG